UACGGAUUUGUCGAGUUGACUUGUUCUCUGUGAUUUAAUUUUUUUUCUACUCAACGACUCUUCUCGCUUUUUUUUCUUUUCUGUAUCGUUUCUUCUUCUUCGACGCAUGCGAAGUGUUUUCUUUUUAAACGCGCGCAGUCUCUACUUACCCCCGGACGAGCUCUUGACUGUAAACUUCUCGUAUUCUUUUUUCUUUUUUUUCUUUUUUUUAAAGAAAAACCUUUAUUAUUUUUUUUGCACAACCUUACCUGAGUUGUGUUUUCCCGUGUGCACGCCUCCGCUCCUCUCCGCCAUGGAUUCGGUUUGGAUUGUGGGCUGCGUUGUGAGCGUGUGCGCCUGGUUGGCUUCGGCGGAGCGACACAGCGUCUACUGGAACAGCACGAACCCAAAGUUUCUCUGGGACGACUACGCCGUGGAGGUGAAGCUCAAUGACUACCUGGACAUCGUCUGCCCCCAUUACCCCCAGGGCGAGGUGCCACUGCUGGACGCUGAGCGAUACGUGCUCUACAUGGUGGAGCGCGAGGACUACGACUCCUGCAAGCCCCAGUCGUACGACCAGAUGCGCUGGGAGUGCGGCCACCCGUUUGCUCCUCACGCCCCCGAGAAGUUCUCGGAAAAGUUCCAGCGCUUUACUCCGUUCACUCUGGGAAAGGAGUUCCGCCAAGGAGAGAGCUACUAUUAUAUCUCCAAACCUCUGCACCACCAUGGACAGGAGUGCCUCAGGCUCAGGGUGGACGUCGUAGCUGCCGACGGCUCUCAAGAGGCCAGAGUGGCUAAAGGAGGCACAGGUGGGACUGGAGGCGGAGCUGGAGGCGGGGGUGGUGUUCACAACCCGUCCAACAGACUGCCUGCAGCAGACGACCCGGUGGUGGUCCUGCCAGACGUCCAGAGCGUACGGACCAACUCUGCGGCGGCGGCGACGUCCCUCGCAAUCCUUUCCCUGCUGGUCCCGUUUUCAUUACUGCUAUUGUUGCACUGAGAGGACAUGAAAAGGACUGCUGUCGGCAGAUAUUAUUUUCAGGGACUACAAUGAAGACAGUCCGUGGGGAUGAAACCACUGACUCAAAAAGACAGUUUUCCAUGCCCAGUGCUGGCCACAGGGAGAGACUUUUUUUUUGAAGCUUGUAAAGUACAGACGGACUCGCUUUGCGCAAAUCUGAGCAUUUCGAGACAAAGCCUGCGCGCUUUUGUCUUAUUUUUUCAAAAAGGUGACAGUAUUUCUUUCUUUUUUUUUUCUUUUUUUUUUUUAGUUUUUCUUGGAAAGACCCAGCUCGCCUUGAUUUGUAUUUUUAGGGCUCUCUCUCCAAAAAAACAAAAAACAAAAAACGCAAACCUCUUUGGAUGAAAAGCCUGGAAGAGAAAAAUAUGAAGACGACGAAAAAAGGAACCUAAAGUGGCCGAGGAACAAUCAGGAGCAAAGGCGCCGACUCCGUUCGAAUUCUGUAGUAAUCUCUUACCUUUCGAGCCAAAGAUCAGUCAUCUCUCCAACUUGUACACUAUUCCACCCCUGAGUAUCGUGUACUAUUUGUUGUGUUGUUAUUGUAAUGGUAUUGAGUGGCAUUGAUGUCCCAGGUGAUUACUUUUCUCUAAAUGUAGCAUUUACAGACACAAUGGGGCCGUUCUCAUGAUUCCUUUGCAAACUCGACCAUGUGCUCACAUACUGUAGCACUGACACUGCACAGUACCGACACACACACUCCACACCAGUGUCAUACGGACGAAACACACCGACAUCGGAUGACACACAGUAACACGUGGUUACAAAAAAACCCCUUUGUUGAUCUGUGUUACGCGUACUUUCUGUGAAGAUAAUUUAUGACAUUUGCAGCUGAGAAGUUUUUUACUGUAUAUAACCGUGCGCUCACGAAAAAAGAAAUGUUUACUGUUGGCAAAAGCGGGGAUGAGCGCGCUCUCGAUCUCCUCGCGGAGGUAGUACUCGUGUGAAAGGGAAAAAAAAAUUGUGUGAGAGUAAGAGAAUGGGAGUGUUUGAUUUGAGAGAGUGAUGAGACGAAAAUGUUUUGGGUUUUUUUUUCUGCCAAAAGCGAAACACUGAGAUGUUGUGUGCUCAGCAGAGAGGCCGGACUUCUCUGUUUGUUGGUUAAGCUGUCUGACAUGAAGAGCUGGUAUCAGAUCUAUGUUACCGCAGUGACACCCCCCCAAAAAACAAAACUCUGAGUACCAUGGUGCUUUCCUUCAUGUUUUCAAGCUCAGUUAUAAAAAAAAAAAAAAAAAAAAAAACCCUAAAAACCUU